AUGGCUGGUGCUCAAGAUGAUAACCGACAGCACUUCAAAAAACAACAAAGACAAGAUUACAAUACUAAUUCCAAGCGAAAAAAUUCUUUCGCGGGUAAAAAUAAAGACCUUCACAAUAAUAAUAAUCUACCACCAGCUUCAGUCACCCCUCCACCAACAACCCCAACUUCAACCUCUUCCAAUACGUCAUUUACUGUUCCCGGGCCAGCUUUACCUAGUUUGAAACCUGCCCCAGAACACGUUCCUGUUAAUCAUUUUAACUCUCAGGAAAUUUCAAAUUAUUUGAAUAAUACCUGGAAAGAAACAUUGGAUCGAUAUCAUGAUAUUAAUCUUUCCGAAGUUGAAAAACCAGAGAUGUAUAAAUCCACUGAAAAGGCCUGGGUAGCUAGAGGUGGACCUGUCUGGGGAAACAAAGGAAAUUUAAUGGCGAACGGCAAUGAUUUCUUUGCCGAAUUGAAAAAAUCUCCGCUCGCUCAAGUAUCAACCGCCCAGCCGGCGACAGCCAAGUAA